AAAUGUAUUUUAGUGUGGUUUCCGGAAUGGUUUAUAUCUAAUGGCCCAACAAAUUUAGGUAAAAUUCAAAACGCUCCGGAUAAAAAUAAUAUCUUUUUUAUAGCCAGUGGAGAGGGUUCAUUUCCAAUUUAUUUUAAAAUGGCGUCUUCCUGAGCAUCAUGCGUGCGGCGGGUAUGCGUUGUCGAUUUCUGACAAAGCAAUGACGCAUUGACCAAUUUCGUGUCAUUAAGAGUGAUUAAGUCAAUCACGCGCUACUCCCCAAAUGAAAGCAUCGCAACUUCUGUCUAACUUCUGCCCGGAAUGAACAAGAAAACAGAAAAUCUGUCCGGCGUGCGAUGCCAAAAGUGCCUCGAGCUGGGCCACUGGACGUAUCAGUGCACGGGAAAGCGUAAAUACGUGCACAGGGACUCCAGGACGACCCUGCUCAAUAACAAGGUCAAAAAGCAGGCUCUGAUGAACACCCUUCAAAUGAAACAGAACCUGCAGAAGGCAAAACCGCGAGACGACAGUUCGUCCAGCGAUUCCGACAGCUCAUCGUCCCCCGACGACAGUUCGAGCAACAGCAGUCGGAGCAGCAGUAGCAGUAGCAGCAGCUCCAGCUCCAGUAGUAGCAGCUCCAGCGACGCCCCAACAGCGAGCAAGAAGGCGAGAAAAACCUCGUCCAGUUCGUCAUCCAGCGAAUGAGAAAUGUACAGACAACGGCGGACCCGACUCGUGUCUUUUUAUUUGCCGCAACGUCUCUGGGCAAUGAAAUGCAGGUCCCGAGCUGAUCCUCCAGACUGCGGGACCUUUUGUUGGCAAGACGGCGUGGCUUCUCGUCGUCUGCAAACCGCACCGUUAUCUGCGAACCAUGUACAGUAGAGGCCGGGCCCAGUGGCUGGGCUCCGACGCAAGGACCUAGUCCAUGAUGUGGUCCAGUGGCUGGUUCUCCUCGUAGCGCGCCCACAUCUUGAAGAAGAGCUUCUCCAGGUUGGCCGUGUAGGCACGCACGUUGAACAGGGGGCUCUCCAUGCGGGCUGCCCACACCUUGGCCCGGAUCGCCUUGAGGCUGCGGAACCGCGAGAGGCACUAGGUUAGGGCCGCACUGCUCGAUCGCCAUGGGCCCUGUCGUCUGCUCCUUGGGACAAGCCGGUGUUGUGGUUACCCUCUCUCGACAUUUGUAGCGCACAUCUUCAGUGUGCGUGGUGCCCUUACACUGCUGGAGGAAACCAGGGUAGUGCACAGGAACUGUGAAACGCACAGACCUUCUCAGAGUGUAUCUCCUUUACCCGGUUGUGUGCAAAGAGUUUUUUAGUUUUUUUUUUUUUUUUUUUACCUUGAUUGAUGCUUGGAAGAACCGCUCCCCACUCUGCACUGUUCCAAUAAAGCGAUGCAGAGAUUUA